AUGCGGUACAGCUACGCCCUCGUUCCUCUCGUCUCCGCCAUGCAGGCCAUGGCCAUCGACGCCGACACCUGGUACUUCGGAAACAGUCUCUUCUAUCUCGGACCUCCUUCUGGAAACUCGGCCAUCACCAAGGCGACCUACUCCAUUGUUCCUCCUACUGCCCCCAGCAGCGCAAAGGUCUCCAAGUCCAGUGAUGAAGUCUGGGUUUCUGUCUGGGUUGGCGCUUCCUCAACCGCCGGCGAUGACAAUGCCAAUCUCUACCAGCCAAUUUUCAAUUGGUCCCUGGAUCAGGAGUCUCAGGGAUGUCCUGCGUCUGUCGAUGAGUGGUGUGUCGCAGCUAGCACUUAUACUCCCGAUGGUCAGCUUGGUCAAGCCUAUGUUACAGUCCCUAAUAAUACCACGGUCGAUUUCGAGAUCGCUGUCGAAAAUCAGAAGGUCGUUCAAACUGUCACCAUGGACGGGAAGGUUGUGUCAAAGGAAAGCGAUGUUCUCGACUCUCCCCUGAAGUACCUCUACUCCAGCAAUGAGUGCUACACCGGCUCCGGAAGCUGUGGUUCGCUCGCCGGUUACUAUAUCAACAACCUUACUGUCACACUCAGUGAGGCCGAUGCCAAGUUUGACCAGGUUAUGGCCCUCGACGGCGUUACCGAUGACGGUUUCACUACCUCUGACGGUGGUCUGACCUGGCACACCGAGUGGGUCAAGGUUGAGAGUGUCGACUUCGACUCCAAUGGCGUCGAGAGCGACUACAGCGACAGCUCUUAA